AUGGCUACUCAGAAAAAAUAUAUUUGUGGGUUUUGCGCUAGAGCGUUUACCCGUUCAGAACAUAAACAACGACAUGAACGAUCCCAUACUAACGAAAAACCAUUCCACUGUCUUUACUGUACAUCAGCAUUUGUUAGAAGGGACUUGUUGCAACGUCAUUGUAGAACAGUUCAUAAUAUAAAGUUACUCCUGAAUAGUCAGGCAAACGGGAUUGAUCCCGGCACGGUAAUUGCAACAGCAGCUAAUAAAAGAAAAAGGGAGAAGGAAGUAUCACCAACAUCACCAGAGACCCGACACUCGUCGGUUGGAUCCAAUUUGAAUUUGAAUUUUAGUAAAACAGCCAAUGGUUCCUUAAGUUCUUCUGCAUCCUCGUCAUUAUCAUCAGCAUCUUCAACAACCAGUACAUCUUCUCCUUCUGAUUUGAUUCAUUUGCUUUCUAUAACGAAGAAUCUUUCGACGUUAUUAGAUGCUCGUGAUUAUCAAAUGACCAAUGUUAAUGAUUCGUUCUUAAUUGGAUAUACAAUUUUAUUGCAUCAACCAUAUUCAUUAUUUGGCUCUAUUAAUAAAGAUUUGAUUUCAUUUCUUAAUUCUAAUUUAACAACAAACAGUAUUGGGAACGAGCAUAGUAAAUUAUUUGAUUUUAAGCUUUGUUUAAUUUACGCUAUAUUAUCGGUUGGAUCAUGUAAUAACUUUAAUGAUUUUAGAUUGGAUGAUGAUGAAUCAGUAUCAAAUCAAUUUUUGAAAAAAUCUUGGAAUAUAUUAAUUAGUAAUUUGAUUCCAAAUUAUACUUCAUUGAAUUAUCAAUUAGAAAUAUUGAAAAAUUUGUUUGUUGUUACUUAUAUUUAUUUAAAAUUUAAUAAUAAUCAUUUGAUUGUUGAUUAUUUGGAUGAAACAGUUUAUAUCAUUUUGGAAAAUUUAAUAAGUAAUAAUCAACAAGAUAUUAUAAACUCAACAAAUAAUUCCCAAUUAUUUUGGAAUAUUUAUAUUCUAUUAUCAAAUAUUAAAAUUAAUUCAAAACCCCCAAAAUCUUUUAAUUUUUUUUUGAAAAAUUAUUUACCAAAUACUCAAAUUCCAUUAUGGCAAUCAAUGUUUAAUUAUUCAAAAUCAAUCAACUUCUUAGAAGAUGAUUUGAUUAAUGAUAUAAUCAUUUUGACCUUAUCAAAUGAGUUAAAUUCAAUAAAGUAUAAUAAUCAAUUGAUGAUUUAUGACCUGAAUAAUUCCUUGCAUAAUGCAAUCAUUCUAAUCAAUAAAUCAAUUAAAAAAAAUGAAAAUCAUCACAUCAUUAACGAUCAUUAUGACUUGUUUAAAAUUUUUAAAAAAAAAAUGAUCAUUGGUAGUCCAGUUAAAUUUAAAGAUAUUUUAAAUUCUUAUGUAUUUAAAAUUUCAAAUAAGUAUCAUUGGAAUAUCUUGAUGAUCUCUUUGAGAGAGUAUAAUUUUCAAGCUCCUGAUUCAUCAAAUUUAAACUUGAAUUAUAACUUCAAUUUCCAUCAAUUAAUUAAUUUAAACUUGAAUACAUCUUUUGCUAAUUUUUCAAAUUUUUUAUUCGAGUUCUUUAUUAUACCCACGAAUACUAAAAAUAACAACUUAAUCAAUUUGAAAUCAACAUUUAGUCUAAUCAACAAUAACUUAGGUAUUGUUAGUUUCCCAUUAAUUUUCCAAUCACAAUUUUUAAAAUUUAAUAACAUGAUUGAUUCAUCGUUUAACUUGAAAAAAUUUAAUUUGAUUGAUAAAAUUCAAUUAAAUGACUUAUUAAUUGAAUGGUAUCUAACUAUUAAUAAAAUUUUAAUAAAUUUGAUUCAAUAUAAAAAACAAUGUCAAUUAUCAUCAAUUCAAAUUGAUGAUGAAUUAAUUGAUAAUAAUUAUAUUUUACAAUGUUUGCUUUAUUUAUUGAAUAAUCAAGAAAUAAAUUCAAUUGAUAUUAAUAGUCUUGAUUGGUUAUUACUCAUUAUCAAUAAAGUUAAUUUGAUUUUUGAUAAUUGGUUAGAAUUUAUUGAUCAUCAAAGUUAUUUGAUUAACUUUAAAAUUAAUUUGAACAAAUUUAUUAAUGAAUAUAUUGCAAUCAUUUUAAAU